AUGUUUAUGGCAAGAUCCGAAUACGACCGAGGAAUCAACACCUUCUCCCCGGAAGGCCGCCUCUUCCAAGUAGAAUACUCACUGGAAGCCAUCAAGCUUGGCUCUACAGCCAUCGGCGUCGCCACCUCGGAGGGUGUCGUCCUCGGCGUCGAGAAGCGUGUUACCUCGACCCUGCUCGAGACCUCUUCCGUCGAGAAGAUUGUCGAAAUCGACCGCCACAUCGGCUGCGCCAUGUCCGGCCUCCAGGCCGACGCCCGAUCCAUGGUCGAGCACGCCCGCGUCGAGUCACAGUCCCACUCCUUCAACUACAACGAGCCCCUCCGCGUCGAGUCGUGCACCCAGGCCAUCUGCGACCUCGCCCUGCGCUUCGGCGAGGGUGCCGAGGGCGAGGAGACCAUCAUGUCCCGACCUUUCGGUGUCGCCCUGCUAAUUGCCGGUUACGACGAGGACGGCCCUCAGCUCUUCCACGCCGAGCCCAGUGGCACCUUCUACCGCUACGAUGCCAAGGCCAUCGGUUCUGGUUCGGAGGGUGCGCAAGCCGAGCUGCAGAACGAGUACCACAAGUCUUUGACGAUCACAGACGCCGAGACGUUGGUGCUUAAGACGCUGAAGCAGGUCAUGGAGGAGAAGCUCGACUCGAAAAACGUCCAACUCGCGAGCGUGACGAAGGAGAAAGGUUUCAGAAUAUACACAGACGAAGAGAUGGCCGCCGUGGUGGAGAGGCUCCCUGCGAACUAA